AUGGACCUCUCACUAGUCCUAAACACAUUAAUACUCUUAACCCUAGCAACCCUUUCUACCCCUAUCCUACUCCCACUACUAUCCAACAACCUCAAAAACACCCCUGACACAAUCACAAACACAGUCAAAACCUCAUUCCUAAUCAGCCUAAUUCCCAUAACAAUUUUCAUCUACUCCGGAACAGAAAACCUCACCUCCCUCUGAGAAUGAAAAUUCAUCAUAACCUUCAAAAUCCCAAUCAGCCUAAAAAUAGACUUCUACACACUCACCUUCUUCCCCAUCGCACUAUUUGUAUCAUGAUCCAUUCUACAAUUCGCGACAUGAUACAUAGCCUCAGACCCUUACAUCACAAAAUUCUUCACCUACCUUCUAUUCUUCCUAAUUGCUAUACUCAUCCUAAUUAUCGCCAACAACCUAUUUGUACUGUUCAUCGGCUGAGAAGGGGUCGGAAUUAUGUCUUUCCUACUAAUCAGCUGAUGACACGGCCGAGCAGAAGCCAACACCGCCGCCCUACAAGCCGUCCUGUACAACCGAAUCGGUGACAUUGGCCUUAUCCUCUGCAUAGCAUGACUAGCCUCUACCACAAACACCUGAGAAAUCCAACAACUUUCCACCCCCUCCCAAACCCCCACACUACCAUUACUAGGACUUAUCCUAGCUGCAACCGGAAAAUCCGCCCAAUUCGGCCUCCACCCAUGACUCCCCGCUGCAAUAGAAGGACCGACCCCCGUAUCCGCCCUACUCCAUUCCAGCACAAUAGUAGUAGCAGGAAUCUUCCUACUCAUCCGAACCCACCCUCUAUUCAACAACAACCAAACUGCCCUAACCCUAUGCCUCUGCCUGGGAGCCCUCUCCACCCUAUUCGCAGCCACAUGCGCUCUAACUCAAAACGACAUUAAAAAAAUCAUUGCCUUCUCCACCUCCAGCCAACUAGGCCUAAUAAUAGUAACAAUCGGACUAAACCUGCCCGAACUUGCCUUCCUCCACAUCUCCACCCACGCAUUCUUUAAAGCCAUACUCUUCCUAUGUUCAGGCUCCAUCAUCCACAACCUAAAUGGAGAACAAGACAUCCGAAAAAUAGGAGGACUACAAAAAAUACUCCCCACAACAACCACAUGCCUCACAAUCGGCAACCUAGCCCUAAUAGGAACACCAUUCCUAGCAGGAUUUUACUCAAAAGACCAAAUCAUUGAAAGCUUAAACACAUCCUACCUAAACACCUGAGCCCUAGUACUAACCCUCCUAGCUACAUCAUUCACCGCAGUGUACACAAUUCGUAUAACCGUACUAGUACAGACCGGCUUCGUUCGAAUUCCCCCCUUAACCCCAAUAAAUGAAAACAACCCCGCAGUAACUUCCCCCAUCACCCGCCUUGCACUAGGAAGCAUCCUAGCAGGCUUCCUCAUUACCUCAUUCAUCAUCCCAACGAAAACUCCCCCAAUAACUAUACCACUGCACAUCAAAAUAACCGCCCUGAUCGUAACAGCCCUAGGAAUUGCCUUAGCCCUAGAAAUCUCAAAAAUAGCCCAAACACUCAUCCUAACAAAACAAACCCCUCUCUCUAACUUCUCAACCUCCCUAGGAUACUUCAACCCACUAACCCACCGCCUAAGCAUAACUAAUUUCCUUAAAGGAGGACAAAACAUCGCCUCCCACCUAAUCGACCUGUCCUGAUAUAAAAUACUAGGCCCAGAAGGACUAGCCAGCCUACAACUGACAGCAACCAAAACUGCCACUACCCUUCACUCAGGCCUAAUCAAAGCUUACUUAGGGUCAUUCGCCCUAUCAAUCCUUAUCAUCCUCACAUCCACACUCAGA